CAUGUGACAUACCGAUCUGCAAUAACCGGGCUGAAUGCUUUAAUGCAGCUUUGUUAUGAGCCAUCACAAGGAGUCCUAAGCAUUCAUUUUUUUGCAAGGUUCUGCGAUAGAGAGCUGCGACAUGGAGGACGAGGAUCAGGGCUGUGUAGAUUACUCUUGUAGGGUCCCAGAUGAGAGUUCAGAGUCCUAUUUCCUGGACCCCUCGUACUGUUACCACCAAACAGAGAUCUUCUCUGAGCUGCCCAGCCAAAAAACCCUGAAGAAGAGGACGGUGCAAGACAGCAGCCCCCGAGUGUCUGGAGAGGGGCUGGAGAGCCACAGGGCAGAGAGAGUCAGCGCCAAUUCCAGCCAGGACACUGUCGGGGGCUGGGACCCCCUGAAAGACGACAAGCGCCCACUCCGAAACUACCCGCUCAGCAUCACUGAGAAGAGGCGCAUGAGGGAGACGCGUCGUUCCCAGAGCGGACGGAUCAGCUGGUGGUUGUCAUGGAAACAGAGCCAGCUCACCUCCUGGCGCCGUCUCCGCGAUGACCUGGCGAACGCGCUUCAGAACCUGAAGCCAUGGAAGGGGGCCCUCAGAGAAAUUGAGGGUAAAUUUGGCACUGGAGUGAAGUCAUUCUUCGCCUUGCUCCACUGCCUCAUCUAUCUCAACCUGAUUUCCUGCAUUUUCAUUGCUGGCCUUGUGCUGGUGCCCACUGCCCUGCUGAGAUCAGAGGUCCUAGCUGUGAACGAGACCAGCACCCACAGAACAGGGGAAUGCAACAGCAGUGGUCAAAGUGUUAAGAAAGCCUUCUACUCACAUGUUAAGGAUUUCUUUUUAGGAUCCGGUUUCAUGGAAGACUCCUACCUCUUCUAUGGGUUUUACCCAGGGGCCGGGUUGACCCAGCUCUCCUAUAACCUCCCCCUGAUGUACCUGCUCUGCUCAGUUGGGGUCCUGUUCCUCAGUCUGCUCUGGGUGGUGACAAGGUUGGGGAGAGAUUACAAGGUGCGGUGGGUGCAGGGCCGGCAGUACAAGACCCUGCUGAGCUUCAAGAUCUUUGCCGGCUGGGACUUCUGCAUCCGGGAGACAGACUCGGCCACGCUGAAACAGAGCAGAAUCAGGAACGACCUCAAGAUGGACCUGGAAGAGGAGAAGUAUCAUCAGCGCGUCUCCAAUCGGACGGUGAAGCAGCGAGCUCUGCUCUGCCUUAUCAGAGUUGUCCUCAACCUGAUUGUGCUCACGCUGCUCGCCGGAGCGUUCUUUCUCAUCUACCAAGCCACGCAGGUGUCCCAGAGUUACCAGCAGGAGCCCUACAAUUUCAGUGUCACCUUCAGCUUCCUGAUUGAAUACCUCCCGUCCAUAUCCAUCACCCUGAUCAACUUCCUGCUGCCCCAGGUGUUCCGCAGGCUGGUCAAGUUUGAGGAUUACUUGCUUACCACCCAGAUCAACCUGACCCUCGUCAGGUGCGUCUUCCUUAAGCUGUCCAGCCUGGGUAUGUUCCUCUUCUCCCUCUAUCAGCAGAUAUUCUGCUCUGGGAACUUGGAGAAUACCAAAUGCAAAGCCUGCGGAUACAAUCGCGAUUACCAGUGCUGGGAGACGAAGGUGGGGCAGGAGAUGUACAAACUGUUGCUGUUUGAUUUUCUGGCCUCCAUCGGGACCACUUUCCUCCUGGACUACCCAAGAAAGGUGCUGGUGGAGAAGUGCUCAUGGCGGCUAGUCCAGUUCAUUGGAAAGGAUCGCUUCCUCGUCCCCGUGAAUGUGCUCAACAUCGUCUACAGCCAGACACUCACCUGGACCGGCCUCUUCUACUGCCCCCUGCUCCCCCUGCUCAACAGUGCCAUGCUGUUCCUCACAUUCUACAUCAAGAAGUUCAGCCUGUACAACAACUGCCAGCCAGCCAAGGGAAUGUUCCGCUCGUCCAGCUCCUCCGUGUUCUUCCAGUGUGUGCUGUUGCUGGGGCUCUUCCUGGCACUGGUCUCUGUCGGAGUCAGCAUCUCCAUGAGCCGCUGUUCCCAGGUCUGCGGCCCGUUUCAGCAGUAUAACCUGAGCUUUAAGGUGGUGGCAGCUUACAUCAAGAGUCUCCCAGGAGUUGCUCAGACAGCUCUCUAUUAUAUCCUGUCAGAGGCCUUUGCCAUCCCUUUGAUCAUCUUGGAAUGCAUUCUGCUGACCUUUUACGUUUCCCUGGUCAGAGCGCACCAAGGUACUAUUGAAGAACUUAAAGAGAAGCUGGUCAUGGAUGUUACUGAUAAACGGUUCUUGGUGAAGAAGCUCUCAGCUUUGGCCAAAAAGUACAAAGAUGAGCUGGACAGAAACGUCUCGACAGACAGCAGUGGAGACGGCCCUUCAUGGGAGGAUCCGGUGGACUCGUGUGACAUGCGACCUGCAGUGAGCCACCUGGGACACAGCAAGGAGUCUGGGGGGGCCCCAGGAGAACACCUGCAAGAAGAAUAAAUAUCCCUGAGAUGAACUUUGAAAAUAUGAACCUUGUGUAGAUAAUUAUAACGGUGGCCAUUAUAUAUUACCUAGCUGUUUGGCUGUAGCUUUGUCAGGUGAUUUCUUCCAGCCAAAAAAAAGCAGUAAAACGCUAUAUAGCCCAAUAUUUCAGGAGUAAUGUGCUGUGUUUAUGCUGCUUGAUGUCAUUUAAACAUAAUUUACUACUGUGUGUUUCUGUCCUGUUUUUUGGCACUGGUAAUAGUAUUGGUUAAUAUAAUAGUAUUGGUUCCCAUUUGUGCCUCUGCUCAGCUGUGCAUUUCCUCCUUACUUUCCUUCAAAACCAGCUUCUUUUAUUUCAUAGCCUUCAGGGUAAGGCAAUGAGGAACAAGGCGAAUAACAGAGAAGUGCUGUAUGGUUUUGUUUUAGAUGGGGUAUGUCACAAUCUCACGUAGAAGCUCAGCAAAGUGUCUUAGAUAAGCAUGAGAAAGAACAGCGACUAUAGAUCAAGCAUGUGGGUUAACAGCGAUGGUAAUAAGUGUAGGCUGCUGAACACAUUUCCAGUGUCGUAUUGUAAAACUGGCAUGAAAACUGCUGUGUUUCAAUAAACAAUAUCAUUUACCACG